CAUUCAUGUUUAAUGUAUUUUUACAGAGCAGCUUGUUAUGGGAUGUGCUAAGCAACCUGGUUCAACCUGGGAAAAAGAUUAUGACUCCUUUAUUCUCCCUCUGCUUGAAGACAGACAACCAUGUUAUCUCCUGUACAGAUUAGAUUCCCAGAAUGCCCAAGGACAUGAAUGGAUUUUUAUUGCAUGGUCACCAGAUCAUUCUCCUGUUCGUCAAAAAAUGUUAUACGCAGCUACUCGGGCAACGUUAAAGAAAGAAUUUGGAGGUGGACAUAUUAAAGAUGAAGUAUUUGGAACAAACAAGGAUGAUGUUUCAUUAAAUGGUUAUCGGAAAUAUUUAAUGACUCAAUCUUCCCCUGCUCCUUUGACAACAGCUGAAGAAGAACUUCGACAAAUCAAGAUUAGUGAGGUACUGCAUCUUGGUUUGGAAGCCAAACUCUUUUUAGAGAAUUUAAAGCAAAGCCUGGAUGUUAAAUUUCCUACAGCCUGAAAUGUUUUUUAACCGUUAAACUCUGUGUGUUUCCUUGUAAAUACAUUAAAUAAGAUUUAUUUCUGACCAAAUGUUCUUUGAAUAGAAGCAAACCCCCCUCUUCUGCAAUGCAGUUUAGUGACUGUUUUGUUUUUAAUUAUGAGGAUUCUUUUAAACAUAAAGCAGAUGGCCCUUCAAAAUUAUGACUAUAAUUGAGGAUUCUUUUUUUAAAAUAAUU